UUCUUUCAAGCUUCGCCUUCGAAGAAACAUUUCAAAUUCGUCUUUAAACGCAGUGCGCAAUCCUUUACCAACCCAAAAUGGUCAGGGAAGACAAGGCAACUUGGAAGACCAACUAUUUCCUUAAAGUGAUUCGUCACUUGGAUGAAUACCCAAAGGUUUUUAUUGUUGGCGUUGACAAUGUCGGCUCCAAGCAGAUGCAUCAAAUCCGUCAGUCUCUCCGUGGUAAAGCCGAGAUUCUUAUGGGAAAAAAUACCAUGAUCCGCAAAGCCAUCAGAGGACACUUGGAAAAUAAUCCAAGUCUUGAAAAAAUUCUUUCACAUAUCAAGGGCAAUGUUGGCUUUGUAUUCACUAAAGAAGACCUUGUAGAAGUCAGAGAUAUUAUUCUUGCAAACAAAGUUGCUGCCCCUGCAAGAGCUGGUGCCAUUGCUCCUUGUGAUGUGUACAUCCCAGCUGGUAACACUGGUCUUGGGCCAGAAAAGACCUCAUUCUUCCAAGCCUUGGCUAUCCCUACCAAAAUUGCUAGGGGAACCAUUGAAAUCCUGUCUGAUGUGCAUUUGAUAAAGAAAGAUGAAAAGGUUGGAGCUUCAGAGUCAACUCUUCUGAACAUGUUGAAGAUUUCUCCUUUUAGCUAUGGUCUUCAAAUUGAGCAAGUGUAUGAAGAUGGAUCAUGUUUUCACCCAUCUGUGUUGGAUAUAACUAGUGAUGACAUACUGGCUAAAUUCAGAGAGGGAAUUGCCAAUAUUGCUUCAGUGUCCCUUCAGAUAGGUUACCCAACAGUUGUAUCAGUUCCUCAUUCCAUCAUCAAUGGGUUCAAGAAUAUUGCAGCUGUUGCCCUAGAAACUGAAAUCACAUUCCCACAAGUUGAACAGCUCAAAGCCUACUUGGAGGAUCCUUCUGCCUUUGCUGUUGCAGCUCCUGUUGAAGCUGCUAGUGAAUCAGCUGCUCCCGCUGCUGAGGAGAAGAAAGAAGAAUCUGAAGAAGAAAGUGAUGAUGACAUGGGUUUUGGUCUCUUUGACUAAUGUUUAAUGCAGUCUGUGUCAAAUUGAAAUAAAAACCUUGAAAACA